AUGUUUGCCGUCGCCCGCCAGCUGCCCGCGGCCGAUGCCUCGACACAGGACGGCAAGUGGGAAAAGUCGAAGUUCAUGGGUGUCGAGAUCACCGGCAAGACGCUCGGCGUCAUCGGCGCCGGCAAUAUCGGCGGCAUCGUCUGCAAGAAGGCGAUCGGACUUGGCAUGCAUGUCGCCGCCUAUGACCCGUUCCUGUCGGCCGAGCGUGCCGAGGAAAUGGGCGUGACCAAGGUCGAGCUCGACGAGUUGCUGGCCCGCGCCGAUUUCAUCACCCUGCACGUGCCGAUGACCGACAAGACCCGCGGCAUUCUGAAUGCCGAGGCGCUGGCCAAGACCAAAAAGGGCGUCCGGAUCAUCAACUGCGCCCGUGGCGGCCUGGUCGACGAGGCCGCGCUCGCCGAAGCCAUCAAGUCGGGCCAUGUGGCUGGCGCGGGCUUUGACGUGUUCGAGGUCGAGCCUGCCACCGAAAGCCCGCUGUUCGGCCUGCCCAACGUCGUCUGCACCCCGCAUCUGGGUGGCCGAGCAGAUGUCUGA